CAACCGGCGGGUCUGCUGGGCAGUGGUGGUCAGCGCCUGAGCUAGGAUGGACUCUGUGAGGGGCCUGGUUCUGCCCCUUCUUUUCUUUUGCUGGGAGGCUGGGAGCUCGGGGAGCUCGACAGGCCCCAGCACCAGUAUACCCGUCCCUUUGGUGACAUCAAAUGACAGAGUAGUACCUGCUAUGACUCAGGGUGUCAGGACAAGCUCAGAGGGAGACUUCCAGACCACUGACCUUGCUAAGACUGCAGCACCAACCCAUGUUUCUUUGAAAACUCAAACCCUGAGCACCAAGACACAUUCUAAGAACUUAACUCCAGUUGGCACCACUUCAAAGGCAGAGACCAGGGAGGCCCAGACCACGUUCCCUGCAAUGGAAACCCACGCCCUCAUAAAGGUAACAUCUUCCAGUUUCAUGGCUGUGAUCACCUCCCCUGUGGAGACCUCUGUCAUGAGCAGCAGCACUAUGGGAACUGGAACCACCACAGCUGAGAGAAGUGGUCCCACAAAAGCCAUCUUUGACACCCUUUUUACUGAUGACAGCUCAGAAGAGACAAAGAGGAUGACAGCUGACAGUUGGAUGUUGACCAACACCUCCCCAGAAGCUGAGAGCUUGUCCUCAGAGAGCAGUUCCUCUGUAGACAGCUCAGUCUCCAGCAAUACCACAUCACACGUGCUGACACCUGACAUUGCAACUGGACCCAAAGCCUUAGUAGCAUACAGCAUCACUCACAUUGAGCUGACCAGGGACAGCGUGAUGAAGAUAGAAACAGCUGCAGCCAUCUCUGAGAGGUCAGACACAGAUCACAGCCCCACAGGAGUGCAGGCCUUGUCCUCCUCCGAGACAUGGGCUUUGUCCACCUCCACUGAGGCAAAAUCACACACCUCCAAAACACCAGCCUCUGCUGAGGCCCUGUCCACAGCCAGCACCUCAGAGUCAGCCUCCCCUGACACCACCCCUGAGGCCCCACUCCCCACCAAUGGCACCACAGAGAGAGAAACCACAGCAGCCGAGACCCCCAGCCCAAGUGGAACCUCCAUGGCCGUUAGCACCAAGCCCUGGCAAGAAACCUCAGCCCUCUCUGCUGAGACCACACCCCACGUGGAGGCCUCCAGAACUGCUACACACUCCACGGAGCCUGGGUCCACGGCGGGCAAAGUGACUUCCUCUGCUGGGUUCACGGCCUCAGUCUACAGCCCCUCAGAGGCAGCCACCAUCCAGAACUCCACUCCCUCAGAGACUUUUGCCACAGAAGGCACAACCUCGGGGUCCUUCCCCAUCAGCAGGAGCCGCCUUCCUUCUGUGCCUCCCACUACAGCCAGUAGCAGCCAAGAAACACACUCCACCUUAGACAAGGCCACAUCCCCACCAGAGUCCCCAGCAGCCACUCCCACCACUGCUCAGACCAGGCAGACCACAGAAGUCACUGCAGCUAACAUUCUGUGGGCCACCACCUCUGGCACCUCAGACACAGAUCACAGCCCCACAGGAGUGCAGACCUUGUCCUCCUCCGAGACAUGGGCUUUGUCCACCUCCACUGAGGCAAAAUCACACACCUCCAAGACCCCAGCCUCUGCUGAGGCCCUGUCCACAGCCAGCACCUCAGAGUCAGCCUCCCCUGACACCACCCCUGAGGCCCCACUCCCCACCAAUGGCACCACAGAGAGAGAAACCACAGCAGCCGAGACCCCCAGCCCAAGUGGAACCUCCAUGGCCGUUAGCACCAAGCCCUGGCAAGAAACCUCAGCCCUCUCUGCUGAGACCACACCCCACGUGGAGGCCUCCAGAACUGCUACACACUCCACGGAGCCUGGGUCCACGGCGGGCAAAGUGACUUCCUCUGCUGGGUUCACGGCCUCAGUCUACAGCCCCUCAGAGGCAGCCACCAUCCAGAACUCCACUCCCUCAGAGACUUUUGCCACAGAAGGCACAACCUCGGGGUCCUUCCCCAUCAGCAGGAGCCGCCUUCCUUCUGUGCCUCCCACUACAGCCAGUAGCAGCCAAGAAACACACUCCACCUUAGACAAGGCCACAUCCCCACCAGAGUCCCCAGCAGCCACUCCCACCACUGCUCAGACCAGGCAGACCACAGAAGUCACUGCAGCUAACAUUCUGUGGGCCACCACCUCUGGCACCUCAGACACAGAUCACAGCCCCACAGGAGUGCAGGCCUUGUCCUCCUCCGAGACAUGGGCUUUGUCCACCUCCACUGAGGCAAAAUCACACACCUCCAAGACCCCAGCCUCUGCUGAGGCCCUGUCCACAGCCAGCACCUCAGAGUCAGCCUCCCCUGACACCACCCCUGAGGCCCCACUCCCCACCAAUGGCACCACAGAGAGAGAAACCACAGCAGCCGAGACCCCCAGCCCAAGUGGAACCUCCAUGGCCGUUAGCACCAAGCCCUGGCAAGAAACCUCAGCCCUCUCUGCUGAGACCACACCCCACGUGGAGGCCUCCAGAACUGCUACACACUCCACGGAGCCUGGGUCCACGGCGGGCAAAGUGACUUCCUCUGCUGGGUUCACGGCCUCAGUCUACAGCCCCUCAGAGGCAGCCACCAUCCAGAACUCCACUCCCUCAGAGACUUUUGCCACAGAAGGCACAACCUCGGGGUCCUUCCCCAUCAGCAGGAGCCGCCUUCCUUCUGUGCCUCCCACUACAGCCAGUAGCAGCCAAGAAACACACUCCACCUUAGACAAGGCCACAUCCCCACCAGAGUCCCCAGCAGCCACUCCCACCACUGCUCAGACCAGGCAGACCACAGAAGUCACUGCAGGCGAUGGUGGAGGCCUCCUCCUAGUGCGGCUGAGUGUGGCCUCACCAGAAGACCUCAGUGAGCCCAGUCAGGCGGAGAGGGUGCGGCAGCAGCUCCAGUGUGAACUGCAUACCCACCUGCCUCUCGUCCAAGUCUCCUUACUGCAUGUCAGGAAGGGCUAACGAACCUCAGCUGAAGCCAAGUGUAUACCUUCUGCUGAAAAAGGACCAGUGCUUCCCAUGGUCUGGGCCCUCACCAACAGACCAGAGCCGUGUUACUAUGCUGAGAUGUACCCAGAAGGUACCCAUGAAGGUCAGCUGGUUUGAGCCCUUUACCCCAGACAUAGCCAAAUGACCCUGGCUCACUUAUGCCUGACUGUGUGCAUGUGGAGAGGGGUGCGUCCCCUGCUUCCAGAGGUGUCCUUCACUUUCCUAGGCCCAUGUGUUGGAUUUCAGUAAAGAGAGACCUGAUCACUCAUCCAUGUGCUUCCAUCUUGUACUAAAAUUACACUCAGUGUGUACCGAGGUUAUCUCUGUGACCUGUAUGCUUUGACAUAUUUAUUAUAUAGGGAUUUUGUACAUCCUUACUGUUCUCCCUAUUCUUCUUGUUCCCAGUUCUUGGCUUGGACCUUGAUUUCGCACUUAAUGAGGCCAGCUCUGGAACUGGUUGAACCUUAAACUUGUAUUAGUAAGCUCUCCAUCGCUAUAGCAAAAUAUCUGAGAGAAUUCAUUCUGAAAAAGUUUAUUUGGGCUCAGAGUUUUGGAGGUUCUGGUCCAAGAUCAGGCAGAUCCAUUGUUCUGGGCACCUGGUGGGUGUGCUGGAUGGCCAUGGUGGGGAAAGCAUCGUGGAACAAACUGCUCCUUUCAUGGUCAGGAGACAAAAGAAAGGAAGAAGGGGCUGGGGUACUGCAGUCCCCUUCAAGAUCCCCAGGGACCUGAGGACCUUCCCAAGGCCUCAUCUCCUAUGGGUUCCACUAUCUCCUAAUACAGGUACCAAGCCUUUACUACAUGGGCCUUUGAGAAACAAACUAUAACAAGGUACUUGAGGAAAAGACAAUAUUUGUGUGUCUCAGAUUCCCUUGAACCUAGCAGAGCAUCUGAUCUGUGUGUCACCGAGAAUGUCAAGAGAAUGUUUGUUGAAUGAACCUAAAUUUUAAGUUCUAGACUUAACCAGAUUGAAAAGAAAGUCAGUGGUACAGCACUUGCCUAGCAUGUGUGAGGCACUGGGUUUGAUCCUCAGCACUGCAUAUAAAUAAAUAAAUAAGACAAAUGUACCGUGUCCAUCUACAACUAAAAAAAUAAAAAAAAGAAACUCUGCAGUAUUCAAGUAUUCCUUCCAUAGCUCAUAACUCACAUGUUACUCUUUU